UUCACAGCGCGUACACCUAUAGUUUUAAUACUUAAUACAAUUAAAUUAAAACAAUCAUAGUUUUGUUUUGGCUUACAACAAACAAAUAUGGAGGAUGGUAUUUUUGAAUGUUUUGGUGAAUGUUUACAUAUGAUAUGUAUUGAAUGUAUUUAUGAAGGAUUAGUUAGUUUAUGUUGUGAUUAUCAAUGUAAUCAAAUUUGUUGUUGUUGUGUGGAGAGUGCUCUUACAGCUGCAAAUACUGGAGGCUCACAGCCUCCAAUAAUACAACAACCAACCAAAACUGCUGUUUGAUGGAGGAAUAUUAUUAUAUUGUUAAAGGCGUGUACUUCAAAAAAGAUGAUAUCAUACGUAUGCGACGUCCACCCAUUACCUAGAAUUAUGCUUGUUUUGUGGUAUUAAAUAAUAUGUGUUGACCUUACUUGCUCCGUAUGACUACAGCGCAUACAAACACAUGUGUUUUUGUUCAAUAAUAUUAACCAAACAUUUUUACUGUUGAUAUUGAGUUUAAUACACUACGUUCUACGUUUUAAAAAUAAAUUAUUCUUAUCUUUAUAAACAUUUAAAUUAUUAUUUUAAGUGUUAUUAUUGAAAAUAAAUAAUUGUUGUUAAUAAAAUGAGUGAUUGUGAUUGUGAUUGUGGCGAUUGUGAUUGUGAUUGUGGCGAUUGCGAUUGUGAUUGUACUGGAAAUAAUGAUGGGGGUGAUUGUUGUUGUUGCACCGACGAUUGUUGUGGCAAUGAUUGUUGUAAUUGUUGUGUAGACGAUUGUGGUCAAUGCUGCUAUGAUUUUUGGAAUUUUAUCUGUUUCAAGUGCAUUUAUCAAACAUUAUUAUGUUCGAUUGGUGAUUCAAAUAAUGACAUUUGUUGUUGUUUAUGUUGCUUAGAUACAAGUUCCACUCAGCAGCACAACCAAUCUUUUAUUCCAAUAAUUGAUGGUACUUCUACCCAACAACAACAGAAACCUCAGCCAAUUCAACAACAGCCCAAAAAACAAAAAAAGGGAGAAGAGGACGAAGAAGAGGAAGAACAACAGCCUUUGCAACAAGACACCGUAGAAAAAUCGCCCCAACUAUCGGAAACUUGAGUCGUCAACAAUUUUGUUGGACUCAUGGAUAAGGAGUCACAGCUCAAAUACCAAUUACAAUUUU